CAUAUAACCAUAUAACCAUAUAACAAUUACAGCACGGAAACAGGCCAUCUCGGCCCUAUAAGUCCGUGCCGAACAACUUUUUUCCCUUAGUCCCACCUGCCUGCACUCAUACCAUAACCCUCCAUUCCCUUCUCAUUCAUAUGCCUAUCCAAUUUAUUUUUAAAUGAUACCAACGAACCUGCCUCCACCACUUCCACUGGAAGCUCAUUCCACACCGCUACCACUCUCUGAGUAAAGAAGUUCCCCCUCAUGUCACAGGUUGAGUUUAGACGGAUGAGGAGGGGCCUCAUUGAAACUUACCAAAUAGUGCAAGGCCUGGAUAGAGUGGAUGUGGAGAGGAUGUUUCCACUAGGGGGAAAGUCUUGGACCAGAAGCCAAAGCCUCAGAAUAAAAGGACGCAUGGUUGGAGAGGAGAUGAGGAGAAUUUCUUUAGUCAGAGGGUGGUGAAUCAGUAGAAUUUAUUGCCAUAGACUGCUGUGGAGGCAGUCAAUUGAUAUUUUUAAGGCAGAUUGACAGAUAAUUGAUUUGUACGGGUGUAUGGGGAGAAGGCAGGAGAAUGGGGUUCAGAGGGAAAGAUAGAUCAGCCAUGAUUGGAUGGUGGAGUAGACUUGAUGUGCAGAAUGGCCCAAUUCUGCUCCUAUAAUUUAUGAACUUAUGUAUGGCCCUGUAGGUUCCAUAGUUCAGAUCCACAUCACAUCUAGAAUUCAUCCACUAAGCAACUGACGGAACCUAAAGUCAUACCAUCAUUGCAUUACAGAAAUAGGAUCUUCAUCCCACUGAACCGCAACAACCUUAAGGUGCCAUCGAACCUAAACCUAUUUUAUUCUCUCACCGUCCCAUUGAUGCACAGACCAAGUUAAGGAAGGUACAGGAAAAUAUCCAUGACUGCUUGGAGUUAGUAGAUUGGGAGAUAUUCAAGGGCUCAGCAACAGACCUGAAUGAAUACAUCACGAUUGUUACCGACUUCAUAAGGAAAUGUGUGGAGGAAAGUGUUUUCACCAACACCAUCCAUGUAUUCCCUAACCAGAAAUCCUGGAUGAACCAGGACGUUUACCAUCAACAGUGGAACAGAUCUUGGUCAUUCAAGUCUGGCGAUGCAGGUUCAUGUAGGACAUCCAGGUACAUCCUCGAUAAAGCCAUCAGAAAUGUGAAGAGACACUUUUGCUCCAAAUUGCAGGAUGAGACAGACAUUUGGCAGCCGUGGCUGGGCUUGCACACCGUAACUUCCUACAAGGCAAAACCAAGUGGCAGCUCAAACGAGAGCUGGACAUCACUCCCGAUGAGCUCAAUGAGUUCUAUACACACCUCGAGAGGUAUAAGACCAAGUGCCUUCUCAGGCCCCCAUAACUCCCAAUGAACAUCAUAAACACAGUCACAGAGGGCCGAUGUCAGAAGAUCCUUUAGGAGGAUGAACCCUCAGAAAAUGUCUGGACCUGAUGGUGUACCUGGCCAUGUUCUUAAAACCUGUAUGGAAGAACUGACUGGAGCCUGUGUGGACAUCUUCAAACCCUCAUUACAAAGGUCUGAGGUUUCCCAUUUGCCAUGAAUGGGCAUCAAUAAUACUGGUGCCUAAGAAGAGUAAGGUGAGGCCAGUUCAUUGGCUAUAUUUAAGAGGGAGUUGGAUGUGGCCUUGUGGCUAAAGGGAUCAGGGGGUAUGGAGAGAAGGCAGGUACAGGAUACUGAGUUGGAUGAUCAGCCAUGAUCAUAUUGAAUGGCGGUGCAGGCUCGAAGGGCCGAAUGGCCUACUCCUGCACCUAUUUUCUAUGUUUCUAUGUGACAUGCCUCAAUGACUACAGACUGAUGGCAUUACCAAUCAUGGUGAUCAAGUGGUUGGUUAUGAGGCACAUCAACUCCUCCUACCUUAGCAAGAACCCUAGAUCAACUAUAAAUUCCCCACUAUCACAAUAGAUCAACGGGGAUGCGAUCUUGCUCUCUCCCCACUUUGCACUGGACCACUUGGAUGAUAAGAACACAUAUGUCAGGCUGUUGUUUAUUGACUACAGAUCAGAAUUCAACAGCAUCACCCCCUCCAUACUUCACAUAUAUUACAUUCAUGGAACUGGGUCUUUGCUCAUCCCUGUGCAACUGGAUCCUUAACUUCCUCAUCAGCAGACCACAAUCAGUAUGAAUAGGCAACAACACUUCCUCCUCGAUAACCAUCAGCAAAGGGGAACUUCAAGGAUGUGUGCUAAGUGAUCCAAAACUUAGUGGUUUUGCAGAUAGUGAAUGAAAUUGCAGAUGAAAGUGAUGAAAGAUUGCAGCAGGAUCUGGAUCGAUUGGCCAGGUUGGUUGAUGCAAUUUAAUACAGAAAAGUGUGAGGUGUUGCUUUUUGGGACGUCGAACAAGGGCAGGACCUACACAGUAAAUGGUAGGCCUCUUGGUAAUGUUGUAGAGCAGGGGGAUCUAGUAGCAAGGUUCAUUGAAAGUCGAGCGCAGGUGGAUAAGGUGGUCAAAAGGGCUUUUGACACAUUAGCCUUCAUCAGUCAAAGUUUUGAGUAUAGAAGUUGGGAGGUCAUGUUGCAGUUGUGUAAGAUGUUGGUGAGACCGCAUUUAGAAUAUUGUGUUCAGUUCUGGGCACCAUGUUAUAGGAAAGAUAUUGUCAAGCUUGAAAGGGUUCAGAAAAAAUUUAUGAGGAUGUUGCCAGGACUAGCGGGUGUGAGCUAUAGGGAGAGGUUUUGUAGUCUGCGUCUCUAUUCCAUGGAGCGCAGGAGGAUGAGGGGAGAGCUUAUAGAGGUAUCCAAAAUCAUGAGAAGAAUAGAUUGGGUAGGUGCACAGUCUUUUGCCCAGAUUAGGGGAAUCGAGGACCAGAGGACACGGGUUCAAGGUGAAGGAGAAAAGAUUUAAUAGGAAUCCGAGGGGUAACCUUUUCACACAAAGCGUGGUGGAUCUAUGGAACAAGCUGCCAGAGGAGGUAGUUGGGGCUGGGACUAUCCCAUCAUUUAAGAAAUAAUUAGACAGGUACAUGGGUAGGACAGGUUUGGAGGGAUAUCGACCAAACGCAGGCAAGUGGCACUAGUGUAGUUAGGACAUUGUUGGCCGGUGUGGGCGACUUGAGCCGAAGGGCCUGUUUCCACUUUGUAUCGCUCUUUGACUCUAAACCCCCUGUUCUACUCACUCUAUGGACAUGACUGUGUAAAUUCACUGAUGAUACCACCGUUGUUGGAUAAAUUAUGGGUAAUGAGUCAGAGUAUUUGAGGGAGAUUGAUAAUCACAUUGAAUUGUAACAGGAUAACAACCUUGCUCUCAAUGUCAACAAGAUCAAGGAACUGAUUGUAGAAAGAAGUACAGAUUGUAUUUAUAAAAUACAUUUUCAGGGUCUGACUGUCACUGCUAUGCCUGCAUUUAUUGCCAAUCGUUAUUUGGAGAUUGCAACCUUCAUGUGGUCCACCCUGUUUCGACUAAUGCAAUCAACCCGAUGUGCACAAAUAAUUAGAUCAAAUAGAACAAGUUGACUUAAAACUUUAGGCUGUGCACGCCAUACACAAGAAGAAGAUUUGCCCUGCGAAUAUAAUGGUGAGCAUUAUUGAACCACUGGAGUCCUCCAGGUUAACAUGUUUGCACAAUAUUAAGGGGACAGUUUCAGGAUUUAGGCCCAACUAUGAUGAAGGACUGGUGAUACAUUUUCAAGUCAAAUUUGUACCUCGGAGGGCAGCCUGAAAGAAAUUGUGUUCCCAUGCUUCCACUGCCCUUAUCCUUCUUGGUGGGAGAAGUACAACUACACCCAAGGGGAAAAAUAAGGUAGAAGAUACAGACAUUUAUGGAGAGAAUUCCAGUAAUACAGUUAUAGAAAUAAACAGCACUAUCCAUCAACUACCCAUUUUCAUUCAUCUUACAUUAAUCCCAUUUUUGAUUCUCCCUAAAAUUCCCCCCAAACACCCCCAAAAUUGUAUUACUCACCUAUACACUCAGGGCUAUUUACAGUGGUCAAUUAACCUACCAACCCACACUUCUUCAGGAUGUGAGAAGAAGCCAGAGCACCUGAACAAACUGCAAUUGGUCACAGGGAGAGCACACAAAGUCCACGCAGACUGCACUUGAGGACUGGAUUGAAACUGGUCCCCGACACUAUGGAAUGAUGGCUCCUUUAGUUGAACACAAUAUUAAAAGUGGGCAGCGUUGUUUCUCUGGUUCCUAGAAACAUUAAAACAAUAUUCUCAGUCUUUAGCCCCAUUUCUUUCUCCAAAGCAUGGAAGAAAAGUUAUAUUUCUUAUUAUAAAUAUACUGUAGGCACACGUUCAUUUCAAAAUUACAUUUGGUGGAAUGACAGACAUAAUAUCCGUUUCACUGGAGCAACAGAGGUCACUUAAUAAGAACUCAACAAUACCCCUUUGACCCACUAAUUAUAUCCCAUUUCUCUAAAGCACCACGGGCUGCGAGAAACUUUAUUAAUUUUAUUAAUAGAAACAAUUAACUCUUUUGGGAUGGAGGCACGUGCCCCGAAAGAGCUUGCGCCACACGCAAUGCCUUCUGUGGUCGUCCAGUGCGUUCCCAUAAUUUUGUCUGGAUUUAAGGAGGUGCCAGACCAUCAGUUGCCAGAAUAUUGGUGGUGGACCUGUAUAAGGUUUUUGAAUUGACCCAGUCCCAUUAUCCGAGUUUGGCCCAUAUCCCUCUAAAUCUUUCCUAUCCAAGUCCUUUAAAUGUUGCCAUUGUAUCUGCAGCUACAGCUUACUCUGGUAGUUACUUCCUUAUGCACAUCACCCACUGCAUGGAAUAAUUUACUCCUCAGGCCACUUUUAAAUCUUUUCCCUCACACCAUAAACCUAUGCCCUCUAGUUCUGAACUCCUCUACUCUGGGAAAAAGAUGUGACCAUUCACUUUAUCUAUGCCACUAAUGAUUUUGUAUACCUCUGUAAGGUCACCCCUUACCCCUUUACACUCUAAAGUCCCAGUUUACUCAGCCACUCCUUAUAAAUCAAUCCCUUGAGUUCUGGUAACAUCCUGGUCAUUUUUUUCUGCAACCUUUCCAGCUAAUGAUAUAAUUCCUUUAACAAAGCAGCCAGAAAAGUGCACAAUACCUCUAAUGUAAUCUCAUCAACAUUUGAACAGAUGUAGCAUGACAUCCCAGUUCCUGUACUCAUACUCUUACUGGUGAAAGGAAGUGUACCAGAUGCCUUCUUCACCACCCUGUCUACCUGAGUCACCAUUAUCAGAGAACGGUGUGUCUAUACAUUCAGGUCUCCCUGGUCUACAACACUCCCCGGAGCCUUGCCAGUGUAAGUCCUGCCGUAGUUUGACUUAUCAAAAUGCAUCAUCUUACACUUAUCGGAGAUAAAUUCCAUCUGCCAUUGUUUGGCCCACUUCCUUUUAAUAAUACAAGUAUGAUAGGUGAUGGAGCAGAGAGGAAUACCAACACAGGGGGACAAAUCAUUAACCAGACAAGGAGUGGCACAACUGGACAGGGAAAACAGCUAAAAUGUAUUCUGAAGUUUGCAUAUGUGGUUGUGGUUUAUACUGGUCUGCCUGCUCCCACACCCACUUCUAGCAGCCUUCCCUUCCAUGAGGAAGACUGCCUCACCUGAAAGGACAGUCAGGAUUCCUGGACAUAGUCGAGAGAGCAGGUGUUGUAUCUCCUGCGGAUGCAGGGAAACCUGUAUCCCCCUUUCCUCUUUUCCCUGAAUCUCAGUCUGAAGAACGGUCUCGACCCGAAACGUCACCUAUUCCUUUUCUCCAGUGAUGCUGCCUGUCUCGCUGAGUUACUCCAGCCUUUUAUGUCUGUCUUCGGUUUAAACAAGCAUCGACAUUUUCUCCCUAAACAUUUCAUACAGAGACGUUCGCAAAUUCUGUCUACACACACUUACACGGUGAUGAAAGGAGUGAUGGCAGAUAGUAACGCCUUUCACAGGAAGUGUGUGCAUUCAAAAGGGAUUAAUUUUCAACUAACAUUAAUGUCAGUACUAAAACUGACAUUGGACUUUCGCCGCUGUUACACACAUGCACAGGUUCCUGAAUUCUGACUCGGGGUAACGAGAAAGGAAAGGCACUACUGAGUUCCCUCAUAUGCGUGGAACCUUUUCGAACUAAGAGGAAGUAUAACAUGUGACUCGCAAAUGCACUGGUGCUAGGCAUUACGUACACCCCGCAGAGUAAAACUUCCUCCAUGCAUUCAGGGAAGUUAGGCUGUGAAGUUGUCAGCAAAAGUGCCGUGAACUUUGCUAUAGGUGCUCCCGGGCAGCGGAGGACGGUCCAUCCCGGGCCGGACAGUGGGUCACCCCGUCCCCUAUCACUCACCUGUCCCCUGUCACUCACCUGUCCCCUGUCACUCACCUGUCCCCUGUCACUCACCUGUCCCCUGUCACUCACCUGUGUCCUAUCAGUCACCUGUCCCCUAUCACUCACCUGUCCCUCCCCCAGCUCCAUUUACCCGUGGCCCGAUGCAGGGACUGGCUGCAGGUGGCUUCCAACACCCACCUUGCCCUCGCUGGACACUUUAAAGCGUUGGAAUGAAUCUGAGGACCAUCAUCACAGUGGAACCCGUGAUGUUUCUGUACCUGAUGGCGACCUUUCUCAACACAUUCGCUAUGCAGCAGUUAGUGUUGGUUAAGAUUUGUGAAGAACGAUAUAACAAAGAGGAUGUGUGCAGCAACCUCUCACACCAUCCACAGGAGUCACUGGUGAUCCAAAGCAUAGCUUCCUAUGUUCAGCUACUCUACGUGAUCACCCUUACCUGCUUGUCCAUACCCACAUCAAUCUUGCUUGGCGCUUGGUCUGAUCAAGCGGGUCGGAAGCUUGGCAUGAUAUUGCCCUGCGUCGGUGCAUUAAUUGGCGGGGCAAUUUUAAUAGUGAUGGUGCAGGUUAAAGAAAUGUCUGUCUACUGGUGCAUUUUUUCUGCGUUUUUUAUUGGAAUCUUUGGGAAUUAUGCUGCUGUUUCUCUCAGUGUCUACAGUUAUAUGGCUGAUGUUACUACUGCUGAGAAUCGAACUAAGCGUAUUGCCAUCGUGCAGGCAAUGAUUUAUAUUGGGGGAACUGUUGGAUUUCUAUUGAGUGGAUGGCUGCUUCAGAAUUUUACCUUUACCCAUGUUUUUGGAGUUUAUUGCGGCUGCCAAUUACUGUCUAUUUGCUACAUACUACUGUGGCUGCAGGAGUCCAAACAUCCUGAUGAAUGCACCCAUUUGUCUGAAGAAACACCUCUGGCAGGCACAGAUGGCAUCCGAAAAAGAGCCUUGUUAUUAUACGCCUCAAGAACAUGGCAAACCUUCUCGAAGGCACGAGAGGGGAAAGAUCGAUUGAAGCUGUAUCUCAUUUUCCUUUGCAUCUUCUUGAUAUAUGUUUGCGCUGCUGGUGAGCAAUCUAUUCUGAUUUUAUUUCUGAGCUACCCACCACAACAUUUUUCACCUGAACUGUUUGGCGUGUAUAAUGGAAUUAAGAUGUUUAUUUGUGGAGCUGUUUUGAUUGGACUAUUUCCAAUGAUGUUACGAUGCAUUGAAGAAAUGACUCUGGCCAAACUGGGGGUUUUGGUGAAAGUGAUGUCUUUCAGUCUGCUGGCCUUUUCCACCAACACCUGGAUGGCAUUCCUGAGUGCCAUAAUGAAUAGUCUCUCUGGAUUCUCCGGACCAGUACUUCAUUCUGUGGCAUCACGUAUUGUGGAACAAAAUGAACAAGGUGCGAUGUUUUCUUGUUUGGCUUCUCUCGAAACAAUCUGUGUUAUAAUUGGAGCAACUGCAUUUGAUACACUUUAUCCUCAAACACUCUCAACUUUGCCUGGAUUUAGCUUCAUUGUGAUGGCAGGCUUCCAAGUGAUCCUAUUGAUCCUUGUACAGUGGAUUAGUGAAAUACCAAUGUCAAAUCAUCUUUUGACAGAAUCUGAGAAUGGUCAUAUUAUAACACAAUGAAGAAUGCCUGUGGAAUGCCUGCCUCUUUGGAGGUUGCGAUGCAUACAGUGGUCCAGUGGUCAUCGUAAAAUGCAAUCCUACACCACAGGAGGGGACCUCCAGCCCUUUGUGCCUGUGCCAGCAGCUUUGAUCUACUGUAAAUGCCAAGAGCUGGCAACUACACAACUCUUCUGGAGAUUGUUGUGACUUAUUUUUGUUGCUGAAUUACAAUUUAGGAAUACCUUUAUCUGCAUCCAGGCCAUUGUGUAUUCCUGUCAAAUUCUAAUUUAGGAUCUGAAGUAAUUGUAUUUAAUCAUGAUUUUUUAAGUUCUAUAAGGAGGUAAUUGUGGCAAUAUGAUAGCGUAGUUAAAUCCUAAAUUGUUUUCAAAUAUUUACUAAUUAAUUGAUGCUAAUCUUUGAUGUAGAAGUGGCUUGGAUGAGAGAGGGAUAGGGAUAUGUAUAAUUCGGAAAGAUAAAUUAUCUUGAAUCCCUGCUCCCAUCUAUAAAAGCUGCCAUACCAAAGUAAGUCAAUUGCAUGAGCCAGUAAGCUAAUUGUAAUAAAUUACAGUAUGCACUAGCAAUUUAGUGUUGCAAUAUGAAGUCAAGAGGACAAAAAACUGGUCACUACUGACAUUGUGGCCAUGGGCAGCCAUGGUGGCACAGCGAUAGAGUUGUUGCCUUAUAAUGCUUGCAGCGGCAGAGACCCGGGUUCGAUCCCGACUACGGGUGCUGUCUGAACGUAGUUUGUACGGUCUCCCUGUGACCGCGUAGGUUUUCUCCAAGAUCUUUAGUUUCCUCCCACACUCCAAAGACGUGCAGGUAUGUAGGUUAAUUGACUUAGUGUAUGUGUAAAUUGUCCCUAAUGUGUGGAGGAUAGUGUUCAUGUGCGGGGAUCGCUGGUUGGUGCGGACUCGAUGGGCUGAAGGGACUGUUUCCGCAACUGCAUCUCUAAAAUUAAAAAAAAUGAUAAAGCUAUUGCUAUUUAUUAAUUGCAUCCAUGGCUGAAAAUAAACAAUUCCUUGCAUGUGUUGAAUAAUCAAACUGCCUUUAUGUCGAGCUCCCUGUUUUUACCUGGGUCCUUUGAUAGCUGAAGAAAGUCAUUUUAUCAUCUGAAUAUCUUCACAAAAAAUUCCUUUUAAUGCUUUCCUGAAAUAGAAAAUCUGUUGUAUCCUCGGUUGAACCUCACCAUCCUUCUCCUCUAGCCUGCAAUGAUCUGUGCUCUGCUGUGGCCCCAGACUACUCAUCUCUAAAUAUUAGAGAAUUGCAUGAACUGAGCUGUUUUCCUUUUCUUAGACCUAUCUCUCUUCCCAACAGUCUUCAACUAUAGCUAUACAAAGCAAACCUUUUCUCGAGUCAUUAGGAUUUUAUUUCUGCCUGGAAUCCUCUUGCUAUCAUCUCAGUUUCUUUUCAUUGGAAACUCCUGCACUGCAUCACCAUCUCCAUUUUUAUUGAUCCUUUAAUCACCCCCCCUCUAUUCUUGCAGCAUUCAUUUCUCUUAAUCCAUUUGUAGUGAUAAGUAAAUAUGUUAACAAAGGGUAGUGCUGUCUUCUGACACUUCCUUCUAAGAGUCUACUAAAGCGUCUGUCGCACUGCAGCGACCUAAUCCAUGAGUUAAGAAGAGUGUCUUCAACAUUCAAGCUCGAGGGCACUCGCCUGGAAAGCCUCGAGCUGGAUCGACUGUCUGCAUUGAAACCGCGAGCUGGAUCGACUGACCACACACACACACGCGCGCACACACACACACACACACACACACACACACACACACACACACUCAC